AUGUCAGCGAAUCGUGUGGGUGCUAUAAAUAACAAUCAAACAUCGACAUGUAUCGACAUCGAAAACAAUAAAACAACAUGGAAGGAUCUUAUUGAUAAAGAAGCCGAAUCCAAGGAGUUGCUUGAUGCAACAUGUCACGCUUACUCGACUAAUGACAGGGAAAUUGAUGAUCAAACAAAAGUUUGUCCUUGUGGUCGAUUGGCGCGUUGCCACAGUUUUGAUGGUUCGGCUUCACGUAACAUACUAUAUACUACUUUCGCAUAUUUUGGUGGAAAAAAAGCGGCGAUAACAUUGAAUUAUGAUGAAGAAAAAACACUUGACAAAAAUCAUUCACAUUUUCUUCUACUAAACAACGGUCGUGUAAAUGGUUAUAUUGAUGAUUGUCCUCGUUCUGAUUUUGUCAUGAGUGCAUGUGCUGAAUUUAAAUGCCAAGCUAUAACAAUCAUUGUUGAAGGUGGUUUCAAUACCUUAGAAGUAAUUAAACAUGAUUUAAUGGCUGAGCGACCAGUAAUCAUCAUUCAUGGUAGUGGCCGUUUGGCAAACGUUCUUGGCAUUUUACUUGAAAACUCAAGCAAUGAAAUUAUACCUGAAGAAAAUGAUGUAAACGAACAACUUGAAUCAGUGUUUCACGAACAUUGGUCUAAGCGUGAAAAAGAUAAGGACAGCAUCAUUAAAACCAUCAGAGAAUUAUUUGAGCCGGCUUGUCGGAAGUAUUUGAGUGUAUUUUAUCUCGAACGUGAUCCAAGUCUUACUGAUAUUAUUUUUAAAGCAGUCGAUGCUGCUAAUGCUGAUGAAGAACAACAGAAAAAUUUUCUCAAAUUGGCUAUCAGCUGGAAUUAUGCAGAUAGAGCAGAAUCUAUGCCUAAACAUCUCGAAGAUGCUCCAGAACUCUAUCCUAGCUUAUUUGAACAAGCACUCAAAGAAAAUCGACCAGUAUUUGUUGAUUAUUUUCUAAGACGAAAUCAUAAUCCUCUUCAAACAACUGAAUUUCUUAAAUAUUCUGAAAGUUUGAAAAAGAUGAUGAUUAAUGGCAAUGAAUCCGAUUCAGAUCGUACAAUAAGUCAGCCAAGAAAAAAAGCAAUGGAAAAUGAAACAAACAACGACGACGAAAUACGAGUACAAUGCGCUCUCAAAUUUAUCAUUGAGGAACUCUACAAACCUAUUCAGACACAUUUGGACUGUUGGAGUAUUCCAAAGACAUUAAAGGAACUUGAUGCAACUUAUGCACAAUUAAUUGGACCAUUCGUUAAUUCAUUCUAUUUCGAGCGAAAUAAACGUAGUCAAUUCUUGCAAGAUAUCGAAUCAUUUGUCUAUCGUGGUCAUAUCAAUGACAUUGACAAAAUUUCAUCGAUCGAAAACAGUAGUGAGAAAUCGCACGCAACUUAUACGUGCAAUAAAUCAUUUAGUAGUCAAGAAAUGUUACGUGAACUUUUCCUAUGGAGUGUAUAUGUAGGCUAUGCUGAUAUUGCUUUUGUCCUUUUGUUACAACUUGAAUCACGAAUAAGCGCAGCAUUGAUUGCAGCUGGCAUGGCUCAACAUUUAUCUUUAUUUGCUAGUACUUUGGAUAUACGACAUACAUAUAAUGAACAGGCAAAAAACUAUGAAGUAUAUGCUACAGAUUGUAUUAAUGCCUGCUAUAAACAUAAUGAACGGCUCGCUUGUCAACUUCUUUUACGUGAAAAUCCACUUUUUGGAAAUGUUACCUCCAUUGGAUCACGUAUCAUAAAAUUUAUCAAUACUGACUGUUUCAAUCAAGUUUUAAAUCGACAAUGGUUUGGUCAACUACCAGGCAAUGCAACUGAAUCAUCAACAGCAAAAUUAAAAUUUUUACUCAGUUUAAUAUCAUUUGGACUAAUUAAACAUCGUCUUAGGAAAUAUCGUGUAGAAGAUAUUGUAGAACAGACUUCACAAGAAACAGCGAUCUAUAUAUGGUUUUUACUCGUUUUUAGUUAUAUGAUGUUAUUUGAUAUGAACAUAGAAGAAAAUCCAGUUCAUUGGACAAAAGUUUAUUUGAUUAUUACUGUGUCAGCAAUGCUUAUUGAAGAUUUUCGCAAACUAGCUGUUGAUUAUUACACACGAAUGUUGGAAAGAUGGCAUCGAUCAGGCAUAUGGAUGAUUCCCAUAUAUGCAAUGCCCUAUAUUCUUUUUUAUAUUGGCAUAAUACUUUAUUUGCGAUCAGAAAAUCGAUCAGAUCUUUUUACAGUUGCAAGAAUUAUUCUAGCCAUUGAUCUUGAACUUUGGUAUCUCUUCUCAUUACGUUUUGUUAGCGCUAUUAAACUAUUAGGACCAAAACUUUUCAUGAUUCGAAAUAUGUUACGCUAUUUAACUGCUUUCAUUUACAUAAUUUUUGUUUGCAUUGCUGCUUAUGGUGUAGUAUCUCGUGCUCUAACUAUGUAUUCAGAAUUAGAAUUUACAGCUAAAAGUGUUUUUUCGGCUGUAUUCUAUCAACCUUAUUGGUUCUUGUAUUCAAUUGUUGAUCAAGAAAUAUCCAAUCUUGAUGAUAUUAUAUCUAACGCAACUUCAUCAGAAGCAGUAGCAGAAGCCACUGUAACUCAUGUACUACUGGCUUGUCACAUGCUUUUUAUUAAUAUUUUGAUUCUCAAUUUACUUAUUGCUGUAUUUAAUUUUUCAAUUAAUGAAGUUCAAGAUAAGAAUGAAUAUAUUUGGCGUUAUCAACGAUAUGAAUUAAUUCGUGAAUAUUUUGAAAAACCACUAUUUGCUUUUCCACCUCUUUCACUAUUUGCUUAUAUUGGAUGGUUUAUAAAACGUCGCUGCAACACUCCUGAGAUGGAUAUUCGAUGGACAGAAUUUGAGAACGCUGCUACCUAUGAUUAUGCACGUAAAUUUGUCGAAGACAAUUAUCGACCAAAAGCCGAACAUGAAACUUCAAAACUAGAAGCACAAAUAAAUACAAUGAAAAACACUAUUGAUAGAUUACAAACACAAGUAGAUGAAUUGAGUCGUAACAACGAACAAGCUCGAGCUGAAACCAAUGCACAAACAAAUCGAAUGAUGAUGUGUAUGAAUUGGAUAAUGACAGCAAUGGCUCGUGUCAGAAUGUCUAAUAUUCCACUACCAACAUUGGAAAAUCCAACAAACAGUAGUGCAUAA